AUGGAACAGUUUAUAACAGUUUUUUUCCCUCUAUUUAUUAUGUUUACGGUGAUUUAUAUCUGUAAAGUCUAUAAUUGCUUACGUUUGGCGAAAUUAGAAGUACCCGAAGCAGUUUUACGUGGACGUCCCGUCUGGCUGAACUGCAGUUACGAUUUGGAGAGUGAUCAAUUGUAUUCUAUCAAAUGGUAUAGGAACAACGUCGAGUUCUAUAGAUACUUGCCCAGCGACCGUCCUCCUGCUCAGAAAUACGAUUUACACGGAGCGUAUCUGGACUUGGGAAUCUCGCGCCUGGGUAACGUUUAUCUAUAUCGCACCGAUCUGAAUUCCGAGGGAGUUUAUAGGUGUGAGGUGUCGGCCGAGGCACCUUCUUUCCAGACCGUUCGUGAAGAAAAAGAGAUGAAGAUUUAUGUUCUUCCGGAACACGGGCCGAAGAUCGGAGGUACCAGAACUCACUACGAAGUAGGUCAAGAGGUCAACGCUAACUGUUCAUCCGCAGCUUCCAAGCCAGCAGCAGUACUUCGAUGGUAUCUCAAUGAUAAACAGGUGCCGGAUCGUCUUCUUAUCAAGUAUCCUCCGUCUCGGUUCCUAGACGGUCUGGAAACCACCACUUUAGGAUUGAGAUUUCGUGUGGAUCGGAACAGAUUUUGGGAGGGAGCCAUGAAUCUACGAUGCACUUCGGUCGUGUUUCACACCUACACGACCAGCAAAGAAGAAAUCGUCUUCAACAACGAUAUCCAUCCUUCCAAUUUGCAAUCGGGAACGUCGACUAGCGAAGGACCGACGAUAAAAGGGAUUCAUAGACGAUACAAGCCAUCCGAUCGCGUCAAUGCUACGUGUGUCUCUUACAGAUCGAUCCCUCCUGCCUCUAUCAAGUGGUAUAUCAACGACGAGGAAGCAGAUUCUUCCUUCCUACUGCACUACCCUACUAUAAUCUAUCCCGACGGGAAGAAAUCAACGGUAGUGGGAUUAAAUUUCGUGGUAUACCGUGAACACUUCAUCAAAGACGAGCUAAGGCUAAAGUGUGCUUCUACAGUAUCCAAAGUGAUUAACCAAAGUAGCAGAGAAGCUGUUUUACGAAGUCUCAAACCACAUCCGGAUUCGUCGGUAUCUCAAACGGUAGAAGCACUUCUGAAUACGGCCGUCAGUCAUCAGCACCUAUUUCUCAGAUUGUUCUUCGUCUGUCUUCUGAUCUCGACGGUGUCCUAACGUCAGACUUCUCCACCCCAACCGAAAAAGAAAAAAUCCUGCUGAACGAUGAGGAUCCAGUCGGAAGAUCCGGUUUGCCGAGCCAGAAAAUAAUCUCUUCGGCUAAAUUUUCGGCAACGAAACCCCAUCCGGAAACAGUCGA